AUGGGCUCCAUCUCCUGCAAGGAGGCCGCCCUGCUCGCGGAGGGCGCGGCGCGCGGGGCGGACUGGCUGUGCGUGACCGGCGAGGACAACUACGUGCACACCGGCCGCGUCGAGGAGUUCCUGCGCGACAAGGAUCGCCGACCACGAAGGGCGUGGGGUACCUUCUCCUCUCCUGAGGAGGGGCGCGUUCUGUCGCGACUCCGAGCUGUUCGAGGCGUCCGGUGGGCUCUGCGGCGGCAGCGGCUACAUCAUCAGCCGCGCCGCCUUGCGCCUCCUCCUGGCCGGAGGCGCCCCGGGCCUCCACGCGGUCUACGACAACAGCACGUGGCCGAACGACAUGACGACCAGCUGCCAGCUCCGCAGGCACGGGGUGCGGCUCGAGACGGCCGAGGAUCGGACAUGCUCGGCUGGCCCGUGUUCGGGAUCGCGGAGUACGAGAGGAUCGCGCGCAGCGGCUUCCUCUCCGCGCACUACCUCAGGCCCGAUGUCAUGCGGUGGUUCCAUGCGGAGGUCGAGGGAGCUGCGGAGUCUGUGAAAAAGCAGCUGGAGGAUAAGGCGUUCGACCACGGGUGCGCCGUCGGCAUGCGCACGGGGCCGUGGGCCCGGGAGUGGGCGGACUGCCUGGCGAGCGGGGGCGGGCGCGGCCCCAGCUGGGGCUGA